GACCUCCGCUCCACGGAGCACAGACCAGUCGCGGCGGCCAUUUGCGGAUGCGUAGUCGGCGGUACCGGUUGUUCGUGUCGUGUGUGUGUGUACGUACGUGCGUGUGCAGUCCUCAUCGAGUGCGACGCGAAUAUUCGUAAUAUUAUUAUUUGUUUUUUUUUUGUGUCGAUAUAAAUUAUAUUAUCGUUCGUUUUUGAUAACGCGAAAGAUUUUUGAUUUCAUUGCGCUGGUUAAAUAAUUGUGUUAUACCGUCCGUUUUUCUCAUCCGUACUACCUACUACCCGAUCUUCGGUCGACGACAAUCUAUAUCCGUUCGCUGUAAUCACAUCGUUAUCGUAGUUGUGUUACCCCGUAAAGGUAUAUUAUGCGAUUCUCGAAAUUUUAUUUUUGUAUUUCAUUAAAAUUGAUAACGGAAAAUAAAAUUUACAUUAACAUUUGAUAAUUCCGCUUCGAUUUGCGGCGGGUGUUACGCAUAUUUUUUUUUCGGUCAAAACCGCCGACGGAGUAGUGGUAAUUUGUGUGCGAGUUAUUUUUUUAAAAAAUUUUUUUCUCAUUUACCUCACGGGUGGCGUCACCCGCACCCGCAUUGUGCGCGUUUCCCACAACCGUGUGCCGGCAUGAAGGAGGUGGUGUCCGUUAACCCGUCGCCGCCGCCCCAGCCGCAGCUGAUAAGGGCUAAACAACCAGGAUACUUGGACCUGACGGCCGAACAGAUAGACAGACUCAUCAGCAAAGAUCCCAUUGACAAGGAUUACGACGUAGAAACCGAACCUUUUGCCAGGGGCAAAUAUGCGACGGUCAGGAGGUGUCGAGACAAACAAACCGGCAAACAGUAUGCAGCCAAGUUCCUGCGGAAACGCCGGCGGAACGCCGACCUGCGACCCGAAAUCCUACACGAGGUAGCCGUGCUGGAAGCGUGCACAUACAACAGCCGCAUCGUCAACCUAUACAAAGUGUUCGAAACCAGUACCGAAAUGAUAUUAUUACUAGAACUAGCGCCUGGUGGUGAGCUACAAAUGGUCUUAGACAGGGACGAAGUACCGUCUGAACCAGAGGUGGCCCGACUUAUGCGACAAAUACUUGAUGGGUUGCACUACUUGCACACCAUAAACGUCGCACAUCUAGACAUCAAGCCACAAAAUCUUGUACUGACUGCCGACUUCCCAAACUGUGAUGUAAAACUAUGUGACUUUGGCAUAUCCAGGUACCUGAGCGAAGGGGCCGAUGUACGAGAAAUACUUGGCACACCCGACUACGUUGCCCCCGAAGUGUUAAACUACGAACCAAUCGACGUGCAAACCGACAUGUGGUCCAUUGGAGUCCUACUGUACGUCCUGUUAACCGGGUGUUCGCCGUUCGGCGGUGACACCAAACAGGAGACGUUCUGCAACAUAUCACAAUGUAAACUCGAUUUUCCUGAAGAUCUAUUUCAGGAUAUAUCUGAGGAUGCUAUUGAUCUCAUGAAGAAGCUGAUGGUGAAAAACCCCAGGGAUCGCCUCACUGCCAAGGACUGUUUGGAACACGGUUGGUUUCAUAGAACUCAGACGAUGACUUCGGUGGCGUGUACUACGCCUUCGAGAAUAUUCAACGGACAAGACGGUGGCAGCAGCAGCAGCAAUGCGUCCGAUUCGUCCAUCUGCGCGGUGGUGACCAACACCCUCUCGGACGUCGUGGACCACGUCACUGCCGGAACCACCACCCCGGUGACGACGUCAGUCAUCAAGCACCAGCAACAUCAACAGCAAAAUCACCAACAACACCAACAAAAACCACACCACCACCUACACCAACAACAACAACAACAACAAGCACAGCAGCAGCAACAUAAAAAGUUUGCCGCCCUGUCCAAGAGCUGCGACAACUCGCCCGUGCCGGCGAUGAGCGCAUCUCGGCGCAAGUCGUUCAAAGACAACAUGGAGACGCUGGUCCGGCGGCUCGACCGCGAACUGGCCGACAGCUGCCAACGGAUGUCAAAUCCAUCGCCUACGCAGAACGCCACCACCGCCGCCGCACCGUCGUGUCGGACGCUGAGUCGGGCCAACGGCACGCAGACGAUGCCCGUCGGAGGACUGGCUCGCGUCAACGGUCGCGAUAUGAUGCCGUUCACCUUUCGCAGGGUGUACGUGGUGGACGAACCGUCGCCGCCUCCUUCGCCGUCGUCACAGCUGCUCCACCACCCGGAUUACCACCACCGGCCUAGGGCUCCGUCAACUUCGUCGACACCGAACAGCAGCAGCGCCGACACCUCGUCCGUGAGCGACUGCAGCAGCGACACCGUCAGCGAGUUCUCCAUCGAUUCGAGCAGCGACCGGUCCAGCAUCAUAUCGCUGGAAGACUCGUUGGACCAACCGUCAUCAUCGUCUUCCUCUUCCUCUUCCUCCUCGUCAUCGUGGUGUCGAUCGCCCACGUCCGCCGACCUGUUACAUCAGACCCGGAGACUGGGCAAGAUGUCCGCGUCGUGCUUCAAUGUCUGGGACACUUCCGGUGGCGAUCGCAGGAAAUGGCCAAAAGAGUGCAGCGGCGCCGUGGCCCGGGCAAUGUCGCAGUUCGCUAACGGGUGCGGCGACUGUCGGCCGGCCGCCCGACUCAGGGUGUUCGACGACAAGUCCAGCGUGGCCGCGGCCGCGUCCGGACCCCGGGACAACCGGUGCGUGGGACUGGAACUGAUGCGCGAGCGAAACGGCAACGUGGUGGUGAUACGCGAGAUCAAGGCCAACGGCGGCAGCGGCCGAUACGCCAGGUGCAGCGAACUCAAGUGCGAGACGGUCCAGUCGCGGAUACGAAAACUCCAGGUUCACCGAGCCGGGCCCGCCGCCCAAACGGUGAUGGACAAGUCGUCGUCGUCGUCUCCGCUGUCGACUUCCGACCUGUUUUGACGGCCCGCCAACUCCGCCGCCGCCGUCGCAUCUAGUCCGCAGCAACGACCUUAUUGUUAUUAUUAUUAUUAUUAUUAUUAUUAUUAUCACACGGUUAUUUUUCUUAUUAUUUUACUAAUAUUAUUACUGUUAUCAUCUUUUUCGCCGCCGUCGCCGCCGGCGACGUCUUUCUCCUUCACUUCGUCGACGGACGAGCUGCGAAUUGGUUUCGACUCUGGACGACCUCCGUCGUGCUCGAAACUCGAUAAUUAUACGCGUUUUAGCCUGCCCGUUAACUAUUAAAAUAUUAUAACAACAUGUUGAACGUAAUACGUUUGUAUGAGAUGUAUUAUAUUAUAUAUGCGAUUCUUCGUCUAUUUCCUCCCUCUACCCCCAAGACGUUCUAUAUACAGUUGUAGUCUCUUCACACUAUCACCGUGUGUAUCUUAUAUAAACGUAUUUAUUAUAAUUAUUAAUAUUUUAUUUUCAUUUUUUUUUUCGAAUUCAAAUUAUGAUUUAUGAUAUUGUCGUGUCAGCGUUGUAUUUAUAAUAUGAACUGAUUUUUGAAAACUAUCUGCACAUAUGAAUGUUUUUUUUCCUUGUAAUUUUUUUUUAAUUUAAAUUAACUACUCUUUAUAAUAAUAUAUAUAUACUCUAUAUAUUUGUAUGUGUAAUAAUUUAUAAUUCCAAAUGAAUAAUGAUUAUUAUAUGAGAAAAUGUGAUAAAUUGCUCAAAACAUAAAACUUUAACGUUUGUUAUUUGAAAAAAAAAUACAUUGAUUUAUCUUGAACAAAGCAACCAAUUUAUUUAUAUAGACGUUUUUGUUUUAUUUUUAUUUUUUUUUGUAUAUGUACAUUGAAUCUAGCAAAAUUCAAAAUUAAAUUUAGUUAAAAUAUGUAUUAUCAUUUAUCAUUGUAAUACAUAGACUUAAUUAUUAUUAUAUUUUAUUUUAUUUUUUUUUUUUUUUUUUGUAUAUUGUAUAAACAUAUAAGCCAAUGUAAGUUAACUUUUAUACGUUUUGUAUUAAAUAUUAAUUGAAUACAAAUUUGUUCUUAUUAAAAUUUGUGUAAAACUAGUCAAAAUAAGAUUUUUUUAAACAAAUAAUAUGUAUUGCAUAAUAUUAUGUUUUAUUAUUUUUGUUUAAAUUCAUUGUUUUAAGUAUUCUCAUUUUAUCGUAUGAUUAUGAUUAUUAUUUUCUCUUUUGAAUUUAAAAUUAAAGAAAAUCAUUAAACUCGAA